AUGAACAAGUGGGUUCUCUCUCUCUCUCUUUUCCCUCCCAGCUUCUCCUUCUUGUGGACCGUCGGUGUGCAGUUCUUCGAGGGGCUUUUGAACGGAAAACUGGGCGUGGCCAAGACGUACCUGUACGAGAUUUGUCCUCCCAAGUUCCAUUCACUUGCCUUUUCCAUCAUCGGCACGCCCUCCUCCGUGGCCCACUUUGUGGGUCCGGUACUGGGUGGAUUUCUGGCCUGUCCAGCCACAAGAUUCCCGAUGUUUGACAGACCGGUCUUCAAGCAGUUCCCGUACCUACUGCCCUGCGCCGUGGUGGCCUGUCUGCAGUUAGCCCUUCUGAUAGUUGGCUGCAUUUUCCUGGGAGAAUCUCUGGACAAGAAUUCGAAGCCCAGAGAUGACUAUAUCAGUCUGACCGAAAUGUCCGAUCAUGAGGUAGCAGAAGAAGAGAAGGUAAAGCCACAUCGUGAGUAA